GUACGUGUAGUAGAGUCAUGCGUUAUUACCACAGAUUAAAUGAAACUCGUUUUUAUCUUAUCUGUAUUAUUACUAAGUAUUGUACAAUAUUAUUUUACGUUUUAUACGUUUAUUGUUUUACUGUUUUUCUCUUGCUCAACUACGUUUCUACGAUUAAGAUUUAAAAGAUACGUUUUGUGAUCUUUGAUAUAUUGUUUAUCUAAAUUGGUCCAGUGAGAGUUGAGAAAAAGUGGCAACAGACGCAAAAAAAAAUAAACACAUCAUGAAAAACAUGUUUUUAUGCGCAAUUUUGAUAUUAUUGUUUGUAUCGUCAAAUUGUGAGCCAAUAAUAAACACUAAAAAUGGAUUAUUAAAAGGUCGAAUUGCGAAAUCUAGGAAUGGUCGUAAUUUUUAUUCGUUUACAGGAAUACCAUAUGCAAUGCCUCCAAUUAAUGAAUUACGAUUUGAAGCCCCAAUAAAAAUAGAUUCUUGGAAUGAAACUUUGGAUGCGACAAGAGAAGCAAAUGUUUGUGUUCAAAAAAAUGUUUUUUUUGUAUCGGAGAACAACAAAAUAAUUGGGUCAGAAGAUUGUCUUUACCUAAAUGUAUACACUCCAAAAAUUAAUGGCAAAAUGCCCGUUAUGUUUUGGAUACAUGGUGGUGGUUUUUCUGUCGGAAGUGGUGGAUCUAGUUCUGGGGGACCUCAGUAUUUUAUGGAUAAGGAUAUAAUUUUAGUAUCUAUAAAUUAUAGACUUGGUAUAUUUGGGUUUCUUAGUUCUGAAGAUAACGUUAUACCUGGUAAUUUUGGCCUUAAAGACCAAGUAAUGGCGUUGAAGUGGGUGAAAAAUAAUAUAGAAUAUUUUGGUGGCGACCCUAACAGUGUAACUAUUUUUGGAGAGAGUGCUGGAGGUGCCAGUGUUGGAUAUCACAUGCUCUCACCAAUGAGCAAGGGGCUAUUUCAUAAAGCUAUUCUACAGAGUGGUACUUCUGCAUGUAGAUGGGCAACGCCAUUUCCAGGUUUAUCUCGCCAUCGUACCCAGGCAGUUGCAGUUAUUGCUGGUUGUAAUGAAGACACUUCUGAAGAAAUAUUAGAAUGCUUGAGAUCACUUUCGGCGAAUGAUAUUGCCGAAAUAUUUUAUAAACUAUUUGAGUGGAAGACGCAUCCAAUUAUUCUAUUUUCACCAGUUGUUGAAAAAUGUGAUAUCGAUAAUAAAGGUUUCCUUUGUCACCAUCCUCUAAUUGAGUUCAAACAAGAAUCACAUGUACCAGCUAUAAUUGGCAUCAAUUCUGCCGAGGGAGGUUUAUUUGUUUCGAGGUUUUUCAAUAAAACAUCUUUGUUGGAACCUGAAUUAAUAACUGAUUUUCAUCGUAUAAUACCAAAAAUUAUGAUUUAUAAUCGAUUUGCAAUGUCAGAAGAUAUAAUACACAUUAAUGAAAGACUAAUGGACAAAUAUAUUCCAGCGAGAAAAAUUGAAGAUCAUAUGCACGCCAAUUUAUCAGAUUUGUUUGGAGAUGGAAGCUUUCUUUAUUGUGCUAUAGACAUGUCUGAAAAAUUGACUUCUCCGGUGUAUUUUUAUCUAUAUGACUAUUCCAGUGAAUUUACUUUAAAUAAAUUUUAUGGAAAUUGUGAAAAACCAUUAGGUGUUAGUCAUGGAGAUGAACUUAUCAAAUUGUUUAACUAUAAAGAUCUUUUUGGUCGAGACUUGAAUGAGGAGAAUAAAGAAUUUUCUAGGUUUAUGAUCAAUCUUUGGUCAAACUUUGCCACUUCUUCUGAGCCUCCUACAAUAAAUGGAUUGAUAAAUGGACAAUUAUGGCCUGCAUAUACAUCUGUUGAAAAUUUUCAGCUUCUCUAUAUUAAUUCAAGUAAGCCUCAAAUCAAGAAAAAUUCAUUUAAUGAGAAAUAUCAAUUUUGGAAUAAUCUUCCCAUCUUAUCAAGAUUACAUAAAUUUAUAGCUCGAAAAAAUACUGAUUUCAAUAAAGGAUCUAAUAAAGUUGAACUAUAAUGAAUUAAAAAAAUGUUUUGAAAUAUUAACUCAAACUUUAUUUAAAGAAAAUAUAAAAUUUGAUACAAUGUGAUAAAUGUCAAAAAAUUAUUUUUAACCAAAAAAAUUUUUGAAAAACAGUCUUAAAAUAUCCUAAAUACAAUUAUUAAAUUAUUUAUUUAAAAAUGAAUUUUUAGGGGGGGUACUCCUACAUUCCAUAGUUCCACCUCUGGUUGAACUAAUUGUAUAUUAAUUUAUUUUUAAUUUUAUUUUAAACACCACAAAAAUAUUUCCAUUGGUUGUUUAAUAACAAUUUUUAAUCAUUUGUGUUUAGAUAUAGAUAUGCAAAUUUAUUAAUUAGUAUCAUAAUAAGUCGGGUGUAAUAAUACCUACAUUAUAAAAAAAAUUGUGUAAACUUGACAUAACAUUGUACCUCAUUAAUAAUUGUAAAUAGUCUUACAAAUAUACUAAAAUAUAUAAUUGUAUCUUUAAAUGUAAUUUGUAUAUUGAAUAACCUUUUUAA